AUGCUUUUCGUAGAAACUAUUCCCGCUACAGUCUUUCUUUUUCUUCUUCUUCUUCUUCUCUAUCUCUCUCUCUCUCUCUCUCUCUCUCUCUCUCUCUCACACCAAACUCUCAAUUAUCUCCCUCCGAUUUCUUGCAAAAUCUUCCUUUUUUAUCCUGUUCUGUGGUCAUUCAUCUUGUUCUUCCUUUUAUUUUCUUUAUUUUUUACCCUUAUCACUCUUCUGUUAAUACUUUUGCAUAUUUUUUACUUACUUCUUUAUUGUGUAAUUUUCUUCAUCUCUACUAUCUCCUUUUCUUCUUCUUCUUCUUCUUCUGAUGCUGCUGUCUUUUCCUCUUCCCUUUCUUCGUUCUUUAUCAUCUUCGGUUCUAUCUAUCUAUCUAUCUAUCUAUCUAUCUAUCUAUCUAUCUAUCUAUCUAUCUAUCUCUCUCUCUCUCUCUCUCUCUUUCUUAUCUAUCUAUCUAUCUAUCUAUCUAUCUAUCUAUCUAUCUAUCUAUCUAUCUAUCUAUCUAAUAAUUAUACAAAUGGGCACAGGACUCCAACUCUGAGAUUUAGUGCGUUAGAAUUAUUCCAUGCUUCUCUUUUAUACAUUGGGGUUCAAAUUCUUGUACCUUUUUUCUUUUUCUAUUAA